UGGCAUGUUGCACGGGUCCAGCGGCGGGCACACUGAAUAGAAGAAGUAAUAACAUUGCGAGGAAAUACAGAAGUGAAAAACUAAAAAAAAGUUUUCGGAAGUGCGAAAUGAGUUUUAAAAACUAAAUCAUUAAUUUGUGCGUUGCCAGGCGCUGAGUUAAGCUUGCACAAACACACGCACACAGUUGCGUCUUUCGUCAUCUCUCUCGCUCUCAGUUUUUUGUCGCAGCUGCAACGCAAAUUGCAAAAAGGAUAAUUCCCACCGAUCUUGCGAGUCCUGUCGUUGGCCUGGCAGCGAAAAUAUAACCGCAAAGAUGACCAAUGGAAACUCAAUGAUCUAGGGACCUCAACGCGGAUAGCAUGUUCAGUCCUAUAAAAAAAAUAUUUACGUACAUACAAAAAAAUGCGAGCGGCUCCAAUAUGUUUAGCCCAUCAGGAAACAAGGCCGCCGGCCAAAGAGAGGGGACCACCAUCUUAACUGCCCACGACGAAGGCGAAAGGAAGGAUCAGCGGAAUCUGGAUCACAAGGAUAAUCAGAGCGAACCGGAGGAGCAGCAUCAGCUGCAAGUGUUUCCUCACCUGGACGAUGACGACGACGACAUCGAGAGGCAGAUCAAGACCUCCAUAAUUGACGCCAGCAAAGUGCACGCAGCAAAAGCCAAGGCGUUGGCUUCCCUACCCAUGCCGCUUGAGCAGCUCGAUGAUGAACUGGCGGACUUUGCACACGGACCGGCGGACACCGAACUGGAGGAGCAGUUCCUUGAACUGGAGAACUAUCCCAAUAAUGAGAUAAUCGUGCUGGGCGAUGCAGAUCUUAACUCUUCAACAGCUUCCGACGCAGUGUCCGAGGAUCCACUGGCAAUUGACAACAUUCUUGACUCCGCGUCAGUCACCACAAACGAGGAGGUCGACACCAGUGGCGAACUCCUUUGGCUGAAGUUGAACAAUGAGACGGAAAUGGCCACCAGAUCAGCGGAGGUUGCGUCCAACAACCAAGUAUCAUUGGAGCCUGCCCAGCCCGCCAAACCGAAAGAAGAUGAGCUUAGAGAUGGUGGGUCUGAUUCUGGCUUAGGCAGUGAAACCUCCGCGUUACUCAAGGAACAGGCGGAGAAAGAAGCCGAGCCGGAAAUCCAGAAAAAUGUGGAAACCAAGCCCAUAAGGUCCAACCUUAAACGGAGACUCGAAGAUUCGGAAAGCGAUGCUAUAGAUCUGGUGCCCGACAUGUCUGCCCCUCCAGUGGCCGCCCAGAAGCGGACUAAGCGCUCCAUCAACUUUGACGAAGUGAAGGUGUUCUACUUUCCACGACAACAGGGCUUCAGUUGUGUACCAACGGCGGGUGGAUGCACCUUGGGCAUGGGUGCAAGGCAUGUAGGCUUUAAGACGAUGACCCUGGCCGAGCACGCAGCGGAGUUGAGGCGGGCACAUCGCAGCCAGAACCAAGAACUCCAGCCUCGGGGUUCCAGCAGCGACGACAGCGAAGAGUCCGAGGAGGAUUACCUAAGCGAGGGUAGUGGCUCCGAUGCCGAAGACGGUUCCAAUGGCUUCCUACAGCCGGUGACGCCCAAGCAGAGAAGGGCACUGCUGAAAGCGGCGGGCGUGCGCAAAAUUGAUGCCAGCGAGAAGAGCGAAUGCCGCGAUAUCAGAAACUCCAGGGAAGUGUGCGGCUGCUCCUGCAGGGAGUUUUGCGAUCCGGAGACUUGUGCCUGCAGCCAGGCGGGCAUUAAAUGUCAAGUAGAUCGAGCCAUGUUUCCUUGCGGAUGUACUCGCGAAGCUUGUGGCAACACAGUCGGCCGGGUGGAGUUCAAUCCCACAAGGGUGAGAACCCACUACAUCCACACGGUGAUGCGGUUGGAUCUCGAGCAGCGGCAGGGCUCGGUUCAAGGCGUCCAGGGAGGACAUCUCCAGCCGCAACAGCAGCAACAAUCCCAACAGACCAUUGGCUAUUCCCCAGUGGGAACGGCUGCCUCAACAUCCGCGUACUUCCUGCAAACGCAAUCGAACUACAGCUCCGGCUACGCUUCACCAGCUUACACACCCGAGAGCAGCGUGAGCUACUAUCAACAGCAGGUGCAGCAGCCAGGAGUGCCCACUGCGGGCCAAUUGAUCCCUCAGCAGCAGCAGGCACAGAGCCAGAGCUACGCGGGCUACGCCCAAUUGGACAGCCUGGACUCUGGACUAUUUGCUAGUGGCUCCAAUGCCACGCCCUCGUACGGAGAACUAUAUCAGUCGCUCAGCUAUGGCAGCACUCAGAUCACUUCCUAUACGGCCGCCUAUCAGCAGCAUUCGGCGUCACCCGCCGUCGCUGUCGCCCCCGGAGCACCCAGUUCGUGCGCGUAUAGCUCCUGUGCGGUGCCUUCGGUGCCGCCGUACGGAAAUGCAACCACCACCGCCUCCAGCAACGUUCCCUACCAGACCACCGCUGUCUCCAUGACCGCAGCCUCCACCUCCGCCUCGCCGUCACGACUUGUGGGCAAUCCAGUUGGUUCAGCCACAGCCCCGCCAGCCACUUUGUCAUCUUCCCCUGCAGCCGCCAGUGGCAAUGAAUUUAUCAGUUUGAGCACACCGAUCGCCAGUUCCUCGCGCCUCUCACAGAUUAACGAUCUGCUGCAGCACAACCGCAACACUACAGCCGCAUUAGUGGCCGUCUCCGAAGGAUUGAGCGGUGGAAGGACCUCGUCGAGUGCAUCCACCAUCGACUCUAUCGAUACACCGCCCAUCGUCGACGACGGGCAGCAGCGAGGAUGCAUGAGUUUCGAGGCGUUGCCCCCGCCGCUCGUGAAUCCAGCUCCCAUUGUCGCCGUGGUGGAGAGCAAGCUGCCACCGAUGGCAUUGCCGGCUCCACAUGCUCCUCCAUCAGCCCCUCAGCCACGCCAUCCGCUGGAACAGCAUCAUCUAGAAACGAGCGAGUCCUCCUAGAUCACCAAAUCGAUUUUUCGGGUUGUAGUAGAUUUGAAUAUAUGGGAUCAUUACUUUUUUGGGCAAUUCUCAGAGACUAUGAAUUGAUGGCUAAUUUAUUAUCUAAUGCAAUUACUUUUUUAAUUAUCGCUUUUAUUUAUCCUGUAUAUAACUUUUUUUUUUUUUUGUUUAUUUUAUUUUGUUUAUCUAUACCACAAAUAUUUAGUUUUCUACAUUUAUAGUGCUUAUGUUAAAGAAUAUGUAAAACAACACCAAUAUUUUUUUGCCCAAGUGAAACUCUUUCGCCUCUGAAGCCACUGAAAUUGUACCUUUGUUGCCAUAACAAUUUCCCUGAGAAUUGUGCAAAGCACCAAGAGACCCACCCUUCAAUCGAAACCCGAGGAGGCAGCUGAGAGCUGAGAAUAGUUUUUAUAGCAAUUUUACACAGCAAAAGACUUCAUUACGUUUAAGGCGGCGGCGGGCUUGGCUGGAAAUGGAUUGAGCUGCAAAUGGAUAAGCAGGGGCAGUAAUCAAAAUAAACAUCGUAGGCGUCACUCAACGACUUCAGGAGGCCUCUUCAGUAGCGGCGAGAGUCAUCUAAUCGGACUCAAGCCGCCUUGUAUAAAUCAUUUUAUUGUUAAAUUCGAAUUAGUCUCUAAGUGCAUACUGUAGUUUAGUUACUUUGUUGCUUAAGUUAAGUUCACUUCGCAAAAUCAAGUUCCCUUCCUACUCAACUUUAAUUUUGUAAUCUAAAACGAACAAAUUGAGGAAGGACACUUUCUAACGUCGUAACUACUUUCGUUGCUCCAAUGAAUUUAAUGAGCUGAGAGCCCCAACACCCUUUCCUUACCAUUCUGUGUCAAAUCUGAUUUAGCCCAGCUUAACUGAAAUCGCUUGUUAACCGAUUUUGUGUUUUGCAUUUUGCAUUUAGUUGUGAAGCCAAUCUGAUUACAUACUUUUGUAGAUUUAUCCUCGAUUUAGCUGCGUUUAAGUAUUCAUUUAGCUCUUAAGUUACUUAUUUCUGGCCCUUAGUGUAUUAGGCCCAAUGAACCAACAACACUUGGCGAAACACACAGAAAAAAACAACCUACAACAUGCAGUACGAUGUAGAAAUACGUAUAUGCAACUUGAUAACGACAAAAGGAAAUAAAAACGAAAAAAUAAUUGCAAUUAUUUAAAUAAAUAUUGAAUACAAAA